AUGCCAACCCCCAAACCCUCCAAAUCCUCAAUUUCCUCGGGCCCAGGUUCCUUAACCAUCACAUCCCAGCAAUCUCGUUUCCACACCGAAACUUCGGAAUUUCCCAACACUUUGAAAGAAAUCUCGGUGAAGGAUCUUAAUGUUGCGAUUGGGGGAAGGGAGUUGUUAUCGCAUGCUGAGUUUCAAUUACAGAGGGGGAGACGAUAUGUUUUGCAUGGGAGGAACGGGAUGGGGAAAUCUACGCUUCUCAAAGCGAUUAAGGAGGAUUUGAUUCCUAGUGUUCCGAGGGGGGUUAGGAGGGGGUUUGUGGGGCAGGUUGAGAUGGAGGAGGCAGGGAGGGAUGGUGGGGAGUUGAGUGUGUUGGAGUUUGUGGUUCGAAGUGAUGAGGGACGGGAAAGACUUUUGAGGGAGGAGAGGAUGAUUUCUGAGGCUUUGGAGAGGGGGGAGGAUUCUAUGGGUGUUGUGAAGGUUUAUCGGAGGGUUUUUUAUGAGAGGUUGGAGAGGAGGUUACGUGAUGUUAGACAGAUUGCUUUGAGGAGGAGUGGGGCACGGGGGAGGAAGACGAGAGAGGAGGAGUUGAAAUUGGAGGGGGAGGUGGAGGUGGCUCGCCAGAAAUGUCUGUUGGAGGAGGCGAGUGUUGAGGAGAUGGCGGUUGAGUCGAAGAAAGCUGUUGAGAUGUUGACUGAUGUGCAGACUUCGCUGGAGCUUAUGGAUGCGGAGGGUGCGGAGGCUAAGGCAAGAGAUGUUCUGAAAGGACUGGGGUUUUCGGAAGAGCGCUUGAUGAGACCUCGAUCACAUCUUUCUGGUGGAUGGCGGACGAGAUGCUCCCUCGCGUGUGCUUUAUGUCGAACCGUGGAUCUGCUACUCCUCGACGAGCCUACGAAUUUCCUCGACCUGCCCUCAAUCAUCUGGCUAGAACGCUACAUUUCCGAAGAACUCAGCCCCGACACCACAGUCCUAGUCGUAACCCACGACCGAGCAUUCGGCGACUCAAUCGCAGAAGAGCUCCUCAUCCUCCGCAACCAACUCCUCGAACGCUUCCGCGGAAACCUCUCACAAUACGAAACAGAUCGUUUAAAAUCCUACAAAUACCUCACCCGCAUGAAAGAAGCCCAAGAGAAACAAAAAUCCCACCUCCAAUACCAAAUUCAAGGAAACAUCAACGCCGCCCGCCGCGCCGGUGACGAUAAGAAAUUAAAACAAGCUGCUUCUCGCAAGAAGAAACUUGAUGAACGAAUGGGAAUGGAAGUCAGCGCCAAAGGUACAAGAUUCCGAUUAAAUGACCAAGCAGGUUACUUCAAUUCUUCAAGACAGGAAAUCGAAGUCCCGGAUUUCGAUCCACCCGUGGAAUUGAAGAUCCCUACGCACCCGCCCGAUCUCAGGUUUUUUGGAAGUCUUGUUUCGUUUGAGGGUGUGGGUUUCUCGUAUACCACCUCGAUAGAAGAAGGAAAAGGAAAAGGAAAGAAAGCGGAAGAGAAAAUUUUGGUUUUAGAGGAUGUGAAUUUUACGAUUCAUCAAGGAGAUCGCAUGGGGGUUGCGGGUUUGAAUGGGUCGGGGAAAUCUACGCUUGUGAAACUCGUGAUGGGGAGGAAGGGGAUGGAGUUGGAUUCGGGAACGAUUCAGAUGCAUCCUCGAGGGAAAAUCGCGUUGUAUUCUCAACUCUCUGCUUCGGAGUUGGAGAUUUUGGCAAAUUCGAGGCCGGGACUUACGGCUUUGUCUCUGCUUCUCGAAACGAUGCCGGCCGAGAGCAAGGAACAGGAAGCGCGCGCAAUCCUUUCGGGAUUGGGGUUGGUUGGAAAGAUUGCUUCGGAUGUACCCAUCUCUUUGCUUUCCGGUGGUCAAAGAGUUCGAUUGGCUCUGGCACGGAUAUUUGUUGAUCCGCCGCAUCUUUUGAUUUUGGAUGAAGUCACGACGCAUUUGGAUACGGAUACGAUUUUGGGGUUGGUGGAGGCUUUGAAGGGGUAUGAGGGUGCGGACCUGGUUGUUACGCAUGAUAGGUUUUUUAUGAAGACUGUGGUGGAGGGUGUGAGGGUUGGGGAUUUGGCUGUUGGGAAUAGGCCGGGAGAGAAUGAGGGGGAGAGUGAGGAGAGUGAGGAGGUUGAGGAGGUUGAGAUUAAGAGGACGAGGGGUGUGUUUAGAUUGGCGAAGGGGAGGUUGAGGAGGUUGGAGCGUGGGAUGGAGGAGUAUGAGGAGAUUGCUGCUAGGUCGGCGUCGAAAUUGGGGAAGAUGUAG